UACACUACUUCGCAUCUCCACUCACCCGAGUCAAAUCAUGGCAAUAAUCUCCGAGUUUCAGGAAGAAGAGGCGAAACUCUCGACUUCUUCAUCGCCGCCACUGAAAGCGGUUCCGUUUAACGCGAGCUUGGAUCCAUCCGAUCCAGUUGGGUUUUUGGACAAAGUCUUCGAUUUUCUGGCCAAAGAAAGUGAUUUUCUUCGGAAAGAGAACGUCGAUAAGGAGAUUGCGGCUAUUGUGAGAGUUGCGAAGGAGAAGGACAAGAAGGCUGAAGAGGUGGCUCCGAAGGUGGAGAUAAAGGAGGAAAUUAAAAAAGAGGAGGUCAAGGAGGAAGUGAAGAGUGAGCCAAUGAAGGUUGAUAAAAAGGAAGAAGAGAGUAGCUCUGGUUUGAAAGCUCCAAACAAAGGCAAUGGUCUUGACCUGGAGAAAUACUCUUGGACACAAACCCUGCAAGAGGUCGCUGUUAAUGUUCCAGUUCCCAGUGGAACAAAAUCAAGGUUUGUUGCAUGUGAGAUAAAAAAGAAUCAUCUCAAAGUUGGAUUAAAGGGCCAGCCUCCUAUUAUUGAUGGGGAACUUUUCCAAGCUGUCAAACCUGAUGAUUGUUACUGGAGCAUAGAGGAUGGUUGUGCACUGUCAAUCCUUUUGACCAAGCACAACCAAAUGGAGUGGUGGAAAUCAUUGGUGAAAGGGGAUCCUGAAAUUGACACUCAGAAAGUUGAACCGGAGAACAGCAAACUGUCUGACUUGGAUCCCAAAACACGGCAAACCGUAGAGAAGAUGAUGUUCGACCAACGACAGAAGGCCAUGGGCCUUCCAACCAGUGAUGAGCUUCAAAAGCAAGAAAUUCUGAAGAAAUUCAUGUCUGAGCAUCCUGAGAUGGAUUUUUCAGGGGCAAAGCUCAUGUAAGCCAUGGGAGUGGAUCUCAGUUUUUAUGUUUAGUUUUUCCUAUAAUCCUUUCGGGUGGGGCUUGUUUUGGGCGCUGAAAUAGAAAUGAACACUGUUCAUAGUGGAUAUUUACAAAACAUUUGAGAACAUCAGAUUUUAUUUGCCUUGAAUUUAAGAGUAAUUCAAGA